AUGGGCGCGCAGGGGGCCGCGCGCGGUGCGGGGGCCGCGGUGCUGGUGCCGCUGCCGGGUUCGGGGCGCGACCGGCCGGCGGGGCGGCCGGCGGCGAAGAUGGCGGUGGCGGGGUCCGGCUGGAGCCUGGCGCGGCUGGCCGAGGCCCUGGGCUCCUCGGAGCAGGCGCUGCGCCUCAUCCUCUCCAUCCUCAUGGGAUAUCCUUUUGCCUUGUUCCAGCGCUACUUCCUCUUCCAGAAGGAGACCUACCUCGUUCACCUCUACAACGUGUUCACAGGACUCUCAAUUGCUUACUUCAAUUUUGGGACGCAGUUUUUUCACUCCCUGAUAUGUGUCCUAAUCCAGUUCCUGAUCCUGAGACUAAUGGGUCGCACAAUCACUGCCGUCAUCACCACCUUUCUCUUUCAGAUGACAUACCUUAUGGCUGGAUAUUACUUCACAGCCACAGAGCAUUAUGACAUCAAGUGGACAAUGCCACAUUGUGUCUUGACACUUAAGUUGAUUGGUCUGGCCAUUGAUUACUAUGAUGGAGGAAAAGAUCCGGAGUUCCUGACCCCUGAGCAGCGGCGAUUUGCUGUUCGGGGGGUUCCUACCUUGCUGGAGGUCUCAGGAUUCUCCUAUUUCUAUGGUGCCUUCAUGGUUGGGCCUCAGUUCUCCAUGACAGACUAUCAGAAACUGGCAAGGGGUGAGAUGACUGACGUUCCAGGCCAGAGACCCAAUAGUUUCGUGCCUGCUCUCAAGCGCCUGAGCCUGGGUCUCUUGUUUCUAGUAACCUACACCUUGUCGAGCCCGUACAUCUCUGACGAGUACCUCACCUCAGAUGACUAUAUGGAGAAGCCUUUCUGGUUCCGUUGUGGUUACAUAUUGAUCUGGGGCAAAAUUAUACUCUACAAAUACGUAACUUGCUGGCUUGUUACGGAAGGUGUCUGCAUCCUUGUUGGUCUGGGGUACAACGGGAAAGACCAGAAUGGAAAGCCUUUGUGGAAUGCCUGUGCCAACAUGAAGGUCUGGCUGUAUGAGACAACACCUUUGUUCACAGGGACCAUUGCUUCUUUCAACAUCAACACCAAUGCUUGGGUGGCCCGCUACAUCUUCAAGCGCCUGAAGUUCCUGGGCAACAAACUGCUGUCACAGGCCCUGGCCCUGUUCUUCCUGGCCAUUUGGCACGGGCUGCACUCUGGCUACCUGGUGUGCUUUCAGAUGGAGCUGCUGAUAGUCAUCGUGGAAAGACAGGCCAUGAACCUUGUUCGGGACAGUCCUGCCCUAAGCACUUUGGCCUCCAUCACUGUCUUGCGGCCCAUCUUCUACGUGCUGCAGCAGACUAACCACUGGAUGUUCAUGGGUUACUCCCUGGUGCCAUUCUGCCUUUUCACCUGGGACAAAUGGAUGAAGGUGUACAGAUCUAUUUAUUUCCUCGGCCACGUGUUGUUCUUCACCUUACUGCUGGUGCUGCCUUACAUUCGCAGAUCAAUCGUGCCACGGAAAGAAAAGCUAAAAAGAGCAGAAUAACAGCCAAACGAUUGUACCACCUGUGCAUUCGUAGGAGUUGAUCUGACACUCCGGAAGCAAAGCAUCACCUGCCAAGUUUGCUGUGUUGAAGUCUGACUAUUUUUCAACGCAAGGAGGGGGAAGGAGAAAGCACAGGGUCAGAGACCCGAAAGGAGGGGAUGUGAGCGAGCCUCCUUGAGCCCCUCCACCUUCUGUCCGUUGCCUUAUCUCUGCCGUCCCGCGGCCGGCGCUCGACUCUCCACUGACACCCCGAUUGUACCACACUCACGGCAGGUGCUGCGUUGGAUUGGAGCCACCUUCUGACUUUUCUACGUUUGUCAUCUAAGAUAAAAAUUGCUCCUGGUCUUUUUAACAUCGGCUUCAGCUCCUUUCCUCUCGGGUGCCUCGGUGUGGGAGUGUGAACUGUCACAUGCCGCCGAGCAACGCGAUUCUACAGGACCGAGUGACACCAGGGUGAGCAGGGCACAGCUAAGAAUUCCACUUCUGUGUGACAAAUUCGGGCCAAGUCCCUGCUAUAAGGGGAUCCAGCCUGCCCACAUAUGAAAAAUGAGAAAGUAAAA